GCCAAGAGGCCUCACUUCCAACUUCAAACACCGACUCCCACUGGCCUUGCAGAUGGCAGAUUGGCACCGUCUGUGGGUGCCUCUUGUGGGCCCACACUACGGAGUCCAUUUCAAGGCUCCGUGCAGUCAAUGACCAACGUACCGUGCGACUGCUAUCUCUUUCCUGAUUUGGCCCUCUCGAGUCUCGAGUACUCUGGUCUCCGGAAAGUCAGAGUUGAUGAUCUCGCCACGUAUGUCCGACAAUCCCUGCAGCAUCACUCUUACCACUCCGAUGUACUACGGAGUAAUGACGGGAAAAGAUGGCCAAUCUUCCCUGACCGACUGGGGUAGUUUUCUAACACACCCCUUUAGUUCACAUGCGUAUGCCAUCGCUCUUGCUGAUAAGGCUGGUCAGCAGUGACUAGCAGAUGGCUCUUGGCACCUGUCAAAAGUUCCUCGCUAUCAUGCCCCUGUCCCUGUUGCCGUUGAACCCCGCAUAAAGCUCUCGAGCCUCGUGGUUCUACCCUAAUCAUCUUGCUUGAGCAUCUCGUUUCUUGCCACAACCGAUUCUAAUCAUGCCGCAGCAAGAAAUUUACCAUCUCCAUCCGACCGGCUGGGAGAACGAUCCCGAGGAAGAGAGAUUCAAAUCCUCAACCCUCGAUUACCUGACCGCUUGCACGUACAACAACUAUGCCCUAUUCUUCCGACUAGACGAUGCCGAAAAGAGCAGGACCGUUGAGGUCUUGAAAGAGGGCUUGGAGCGCAUGCUCAGCCAAGUGCGACACCUAUGUGGAACGAUCGAGAGAGAUCCCACCGGUGGACAUUGCUUUGUGAAAAAGAAGGACAGUACCGUUCGUUUCUUCGUGCAGCACUUGGAGGAAGACGACAAAUACCCGUCUUUCGAUGAGAUCCAGAAGACCAAUUUCACCGCCGUCCCUUUGGGAGACCUCAAGGACUGGAGUGUGUCUCCCAUGACAUAUGGGGAGAAGGCAGAAGCCCAUCCCGACUCUAGUCCGGUGGUGUCUGCUUUCAAGGCCAAUUUUGUACGUGGAGGAUUGGUCUUCAACAUGCACCAUCAUCACUAUGCGAACGAUGUCAUGGGCUGGGCUGCAUACACCCAUCAACUAGCCGAGCAUUGCAAGGCCAUUGUCAACAAUACGACUCCUCCGCCAUGGGAUCCGACCCUCCUUGAUCGAUCGCGUCUCUUGAAGCCCGAACCCCCCGAGGAGAAGAAGAUCAAUGGACCUCCUCAGCCCGAGAUGCACCCAGCUCAUACAGAGUCUGUGUCACUACUGUUCCACUUGCCCAAGAGCAAAGCAGCCGAGUUGAAGAAACAGGCUUCUCCGACAGAUGGUUCCUGGAUCUCGACCUACGAUGCCUUUUCGGCCUACAUCUGGCGCACAUUCUCCCGUCUCCGAGCCCCAGUCUUCAAUGCAGACCUCUCUCAGCCCAUUUUCUGGUCUGAGGCAGUCGACAUGCGUCGACGCUUCCACAGCCCCAAGGUCCACCCACGCCUCCAAGGCAACAUCAUGUUCGCCGCCUUUUCUCCGUCCGCACCAGUUCCCCAGCCCACCCUCGCCGAGGUCAUCUCCGAGUGGUCUUUGCCGCAACUUGCCUCGUUCAUCCGCAAGCUCACCAACAGCGUGACGCAAGAGAACCUCGACGAGGCUCUGAGUGCGGUGGCGCUUGUUCGUGACAAGACCACCAUGAACAUCCGGAUCAACUCGUACCCACCUCUCUCCAUCCUGCAGACAGACCACCGCGAUGCGAACAUCACUGCCGCGGACUUUGGCUUUGCAACGCCAAUCACAUAUCGUCAUUUGAUGGACAGUGUUUCUCAGGGUGUGAUGAUCAUCUACCCACCGCGCAAGGGAGGGCCUGAGUCAGAUGAAGGACCCGAGUUCUCUCUUGCGUAUGAGAAGAGCCUGGCGCAAACGCUCAUUGAUGAUCCUAAGUGGAACAAGUUCUUCGAGUAUCGUGGGGUGGACGCUGUGGAUGCAGGAUGGGAUUCUUCGGUGAAGAAUUAGAUGUGAAGUAGUGGUUAGCGAAUAGUAAAUACCGUUUCUUUCGUACAUUGACUUUUCGUGGAGAAAUGUCUAAAUUCUCUUUACCCCUGUUCGUUUU